UUACCUAAGUAAAUAUAAUUGUUAACAAAAAAAAAAUGAGAAUGCUUUUUUUCUCUGAAAAAUCCGGGACCAUAUUGAUUCAACGACGCCGCAGUGAAAUUAUUGAUUUGGCGAUUCCAAUGCGCGCCUUUAAGGGCGCAUGCAGUAUUCCUUCGCAGUUCACCAUUACAAUCGCUUCUAUCAUGUAAUUUAACAAAAUCGUAUAAGAAACGGCGAGAUUCAAAGACGCAAGAUGCCGAAGAAAAAGCCCGUUCCCGUCGAAGAACUUAUCAUCCCUCCUCAGGAUAAUCGAAUAUGUGGUACAAUCUGUCUCUGUCAAAUGACUUUAGUACUAAGUAGUGUGGCGAUAGUUUAUUUAACGGUGGCCAUUUACGUACCAUCAACUCGCGCCUUCAAAUCGGGAAUAGGAGAAAAUCCCGUUAUGUGUACCACAACGAGAGCUCUAACUGUCGAAAACUGUGAUUGGGGAUCCUGCGGCGAAUGGUGUCUGAGUAAGACUUCCGGUGCGUGCACGCAAAUAUUCGUUAAUCUGAGAUUAAACGGUUCGACAUUUUUAUUGGUCAAUUGUACCAAUACAGCAAACAAGACGUGCUACGGAAUCGACCAAGAGAACGCCAAAAAGAGCAGGUGCAUCAAAGACGAAUGUAAAAACUUAACUGGAACAUUCAAUUGCACUGCAGGAACUUGUAUAAAUAUUACCGACGCGUUCGAGUGCAUAUUUAAAGACACGGAUCCGCCGUUGAAAUGUUCCGGUCGCAGAGGUAAAAUCACGUGUAAAGAAAUAGACGGUUUAUACAACUGCAAUCGUGGAAUUUGUGCUCGUAUUCGAACCCCGUACAAUUGCGACCGAAGAUGCGUCGAUAUACCAACUCGAAAUAAAAAUGUAAUUAUGUUAAGUGGCGAUAAAGUGUAUCUUUCGCAAUGUCAAAGGGCGCUCGAGUUCGAAAAUGGGGAAGAAGUUUGGAACGAAUCGCAAGAGAACAUAAUGAUGGCAUCUUGUUACAAUAUCGUUAACACCAGUCAAGGUGUUGUUGCGACCGAUUGCGUAAAUGGAUCUCUCUUAUCAAAUAAUGUGCUCAGUGAUCUUACAAAUUUCAGUUAUUUGAGCUACUUGAGUGUAUUUAAUACCGUGCCGCUCGAUGAGAAGGGCAUCUUGGCUCCUCCCGAACCCGAUCUAAUCAUUGCUAACGAAAGUAAACUUUUAAUUAACUUGGAGGGUUGCGUUAAUACUCUUCAAGGAGAAUGUAAGGAAUUUUUGCGCGUUUACGGCAAAGACGGAACAGAUCAUAACGCUCGUGCUCGUUUCCCGUGUUUCUAUGCACCUGAAAAUACCAACGUGGUCGUUACCAGAUUCGAUUUAGUAACAACGACAAGGCAAUUUUUCAUCGCCCUUGUACUACCUUCUGUUCUUUUUGUGGUUUCGUGCCUUACGCUUAUUCUUUGUCAGAGAACUGUUGUUGUGGGUGAUGAUGCUAAAAUGCGUUUUCAAGGUUGUACGGGGACCGAAACAACCGUUCAAACUGUUGAUAAAACUUCGGCAAAUAAUAACGUGCCAGAUAGCGGCGGCGGUGGUGACAAUAUAAGGGCACUUUGAGAUCAAUCCAGUAAGUUUUUGAAACUGGUCAGUUGGAUUACUAAAAACGGACGGAUUUUUAAUAAAUAGAUAGCACGCCACUUCUUCUGGGCUUAGAUUAAGUUGAAGUUAAACUGCAUCGUCUUUCAAC